GUGAUUACAAAGAAAGAAAGAAUGAAAGUCGAAAGCCUUUGAAAGGAAGCCGAUGGGCCAAUCAAUCACCUACGAGAGAGAAAUUGACCCAACGACAUCGCUUCUCCAGAAAUUACUCUAAUUUGUUGGUUCUCAGUGGGAGACUUGCUGUGAUAUUCACUCGGCACCAGAAGAAACGACGUAGUGUUUCUUGGUGAGAAGUACCGAGAAAAUAUGGCAUACGACUUGAUGCAAAACUGCACACCAAGCUACAGGGAAAGAGAAGAAGGACUAGGCCGCUUCCCAAGACGUGGUCCUACUACAGUGAACGGACUCUAUCGAGAAGAGUUGAUCGGAAGCUUCAAAGAGUUUGUAAAUAGGCUAGAUGUUGGAAGCAGAGUCUUAAAAAGUACAAAAAUCAUGCUAGAAAGCUUACUGGAAACUUUGAAUCCUUCUAAUCUGUCUUCUACAGUCGACUCCUUUGCCUUCCGAGUUUGGCGCUCAGAAUUAUUUGCACAAAUUCUUGCACGAAGUAUAGGCGGACUGGUUUGCCUCUCUUCUCUGUAUAUAGUUUUCGCUUUGACAAGAUUUAUAUGGAAGACAAAAGUGCCCCUAUUUAUGACUCCUAUCCUUGCGGUAGCACCUGCUGCUUUGCUUUGUUCUCUUGUCUUGUUUUGUAUACUUUUUUCAAAGUAUCUUUGUUAUCCACUGCUUUGCUCUUUAAUUUUGGAGCCUUCAUAUUCGAGAGCAGGUAGUACUCUUAGAAGUUUACAGUUGCUUUCCCAGGAGUUGAGAUAUCAGAGAACUUUGUAUCGUUUAUGUCUUUCGGAUAGAGACUUCACCGACCAGGACUAUGAAAUGUUGCUAGAACUUGACAAUGAACCAGGUGUUCAAGCUAUGAGGAGAUUUAUUGAGGGAGUUAGUCCAGAAAAGAUUCAGUCAUUGCCUACUUAUCGGUAUCAUCACAAAAGAAACGCAUUCUCCUAUGGAGACAAUAUGACUAAUGAUCAUGAUACUUUGUCAAAGCAAUGGAAAAAAGAACUUUCAUACAGAGCGAAAUUAUACCAUUUUUGGACCGCUUUCUGUAACACCUUGCAACAUUUUUUAUCUCGUACUACUGUCGCGAAGAGGUCCUACUUGGAGUUUACUUUGAGACAAAACGAGGAGGAAGGAUAUCCUUCAAGUCGACGCAAAUGCAGUAAUUGUACAAACCAGGUAGUUUUGGGUAAACACAGCAACAGCUUUUUGUCUUUGCAAAACUCCAACUCUGCAGAUUCCUGCCCUAUUUGUUUGGAGGAAUUUCUCCAAGGGGAUCUGAUACGUGUUCUUCCUUGCAAACAUGAGUUUCAUGGAGAUUGUAUUUUCUCCUGGUUGGUAGAACGCGGUAAAUGCCCUGUCUGUAAAUAUUCGAUAGCAGAAUAGUUAUUUACUUUUCUACCUUCUUAUUUUCUCUUGCUGAAACUAUAAAGAUAGAAUGGCUUUUUUCUGAGGACCAAUAAUUUGCUUCCAAUUGAGCAGGUUGAAUGCUUUCCACGUGUCAAUUCUCGGCUUACUAUUCACGAUCAAUCGACGGGAAUGAAGGGUAAUGAAGCAAUGAAAUUCCCAAUGGUUAUGUAAAACAAGUUGCUUAACGGUCGCUGAGCCAUUUUGAUUGGGCAAUACUAGACCCGUUUCCAAUAGGUGUUUGGACAUAUUUAGAAACAUAUCAAAAAAAAUUCUUCUGGAGUAACUACUGUUAUGUAUUGAAGGCCUCCUUCAUAUAUUCACUUCUCAAUCUCUAUUCAGUUUUCAAGACGUUGAGGUGUUCUGAGCAAUUGACACACUCAACUUUUUUGGUUGCGGCUUGCCCAUCUAGUCUCCUUUGAGUUUCGUUACUCAUGAAAAAGGCAAUCUUGAAAUAUCAGUGGAAGUAUGCUUUCCUCACAAGGUACAGAUAUCCUUACGAG